AAAUAAAAAUGAAAUUUUAUUCCAAUAAAUUAGUAAUAUAUUACCCACUACCUCCUCUUCUCCAAAUUUUCUUAUCUGCAAAAACAAAGAAGACUCUGAUAUAAAAUAAACGCCCAACAUAAUCCUCAAAUCUCUAACUACUAUAAAAGACUAAUUCAAUUCCUUUUCUAUUCGGUCAUCACAAAUCUAUCAAACCCUAAUUUCAUCAAAUCCCAUUAAAUCAAACCCUCCAAAAUUUAGGGUUUGAAAUUUUCUCAAAUGAAGGUUCAUCCAGUUCCUAAGAAGCGAAACAUAACAGUUUCGGUAACAACAUCACCUUCAUGUAGAGGUCAAAAGAAGCUUCGACGACUCCCUCACAUCUUCCCGAAGGUUCUAGAACUACCCUUUUGUUCCGACGCUGAUGUAGAUAUUCAAGAAACCGUUGAUUUCUUGAAAUUUACGGUUUUUGAUACGGAUAUGGGAUCCGAUGUGGUCGCCGACGCGGUGGAGAUUUAUCCAGGUGUCACGAAAUUAGUGGUUAGAAGGAGUAAUUCCGUUGAUGCUGACGUGGUGGCGAUGACUGGGCUUGAGAUUGAUUUAUGGCGGUUUAGAUUGCCAGAGUGUACUCGUCCGGAGCUGGCAACUGCCACGUAUGACGGUGGUGAUUUGGUGGUGGUUGUUCCGAAAGAUGAUGUUGAAGAGAGAGAACUUGUUUGGGGUGAGAGUAAUCUUGUUCUUGUACAGUGAACAAAAAAAUAAGCUUGAAAAAGAAUUGAGCUCUUUUUAAUCUUGUUUUGGUUAGUUUUUUUCUCCCUCUUUUGAUGUUCUUUUUGUUGAAUUUUAUGUAAUGUGAUAAAAAGUAUGGAACUUUUUAUGAUUUUAAUUUAGUUAAUAAAUGUUGGCAAUCAAUGGCGAAUCCAAUAUUAGUGUAGGAGGGGCCGAAGCCGAACCUUAUAUUUUACGCAAUUCAAUUUGCAAAUGAUCCGGGUCUAGAUUCCCCGUUGGUAAUUGAUGGUAAUUUGUGACUUUUUGGGAUAUGUGGUUUACUUCAAGAAACAAAAUAAAUCAAUAUGGAGAAUUGUGGCUUAUUCCCUUUUGGAAUAUAUAUUUUAAAGUCUAGCUUUUUAGCGUAAAAUGUUAUUAAUAGUUGGCACAUCAUUCCAAUGAUGAUGUUACGUUGUUGGGCAGCUUAAGGUAAAUUAAUGAAAUGGUAAUAAUAGUAGUUUGUUACUGUUAUUUGGCCUUUUUUUAGAGCCCACAAACAGUGAUAUUAAUACUAAGGUGUUUUAGCUCUUACAAUUUGAUGUUACUUUUGGGGAGAUUAGAGUUCAGCAUUGGACACUGGUCCUAUAAUCCUGCAACAUUUGAUUCCCCCUACUUGAGAGAAGGAUUUAUAACUUUUAAAACAUAACGGGGUAAGUCCCGUCACUCGGCCGUGAAAACCUGUAUGAUCACUUUGCGUAUUUUUGCGUGUUGUUGUUGUGGUGGUUUUCAGAUUCUUUGCGACUACCAUUAUCUAGUGUGGACUGUUUAAACGGAAUCUUAUGCCUUAAUUUCAGUCGUAACAUGAUGAUUUUCGGGUUUAUGCGUUUCAAAUCAUUUGUACUUUCAUAGUUUUGUGAAGUUUUAGAUGAUAUUUGUAUCAAAGGUUAAUAAAAAAACUAAAUUCUUUGGUAUUACAUAGUGUAAAGUUGUAGACAUCCGAUACUCCAAAGCACAACUAAGCAAUAGCCACUAGAAUGUUUUUGAGAUGUAGAAGAGUGGUGAUUUCCAAUAGGAAUAGUUUUAGGUUAGAUGCUGUUUAGUGUUUACCUAUAUUUAGUAGAUAGGGUCAGCUUUUCGAUUAGAUGCUAUUCCUUGUUGGAAUUUCUUCUUUGUUUCGCUAUCAACGUCUAAUGUCUUCUGCUUGUAAGUAUUGCUGUAUAUGAUCAAAAAACACUGUAAGCUUUUGUUAUGAUUUUUCCUUAUGGUAAGAUGUAAGAUUCUUUUUAUAGAAUUUGUUCUCUUUUUCUUGCUUGUAAGCUGUAACAUAGAAGUGUCAUACUUGUGUGUUCAUGAAAUUUGUUCUUUUCCUCUGUUUCUGUGUUUGUUAGACUGAUUUACCAAGUCUUUGAAGAUGCACAAGAAGAAAAUUACCCUGAAAUGUACUCUAGUGUUAAUUUGAUUGAUGGGUGUCUCCAUAGAUUCGAAUUUUGUUUAUGGGUAUUGUCUGCCAUGUGUUCUAGAUGCUACGGAAUAUUAGAAACACAAAAGUGGUGUUUCUAUAUGAGCUCAACUACUUGAUAGUUAGGGCUGAGGCUGUUUACAAGGGGGGUGAAAUGGUCUUAUUGUCCUCGAACUAAUGUUUUCUGACUAGUUUGAUAAAUGGAUAGUUUUCUUCAUGUAACCAUGUUUGUGCGAAACGUUAGCUUGUAUUUUAGUUUUCUUUUGUAAUUUUCUCGCUUUUGUAAAGUUAAUUUUUACAUUUUCUCAAUCUUAAUGCCUUGAUUUGGAACCAUCAUGUAGUGCUUUAGGUCCCAUAAGGAAAGUUUUCCUUUAAUGAAACUCUUUAUUUCAUACUUUAUGACCAUUUUACUUCUUAUCAUAAUUGUGGGGAAUUCUGUUUUGCUGAACUUACUUUAUGCUUUGAAAAUACUUGCUUUAAGACAUUUUUUUCUCCUUUGUUUUGAGUUCCUUCAUGUUUGUGACUACUAUGACUGUUACCAGAUAUCUUGAAUGGUCCCGUGGCAUGUGUCUUAUUGAUCGACUGCCUUUUGCGCUAUGUGACUCGGUGAUAAUUGAAAUAUAGUGGAGGUGGUCCUUGGUAGCCAAACCUUUUAUUUAUGAACAAUGAGUUCAUCACCCAUUAUUGUCAAUCUAUCACCAUCAAGUUAACUGGAUUUUACAUCUUCUUUGGAAAGGACACCAUUUGUGCAUAAUAAUUUUCACGUUACUUUUUUUUUUUCUUUUGGUUAAUUGGCGUUCCGAUCCAUCUUUGUAGUCAUUGUGAUGUGGAGACUUUCAGGUAAAGUUUCUCAGAAGCUGCAUUCUUUGGCUGCAUCUUACUGUUUGCUUUUAUGCUUGUUUUCUUGUGCCAUCUUAUCAUUUGUUAUUAUUGUUUCGAUAACGACAACAAUCUCGGAGCCUUAGUCUGAAAGAUUGCGUUUUUAUUGUUUAGAAUCGGUUAAAUUUUUAUGACCCAAUCCCAAAAAUGGUCCGUCCUGAAACCCGCCCACCUCAGUGUCAAGACAGGUCUAAUAACAAGUUACUUUUUUCAAUUACAUUAUUUCCAUGACUUCUGUUAAAAUAUCUCCGGUGUAUAUCGCUAUUAGAUACAAAUAUAUGCUUACUUAGUGAGAUUCGUAAUCGGUUUGUUUACUUGUGAAUGUAGAAUGCCGUCUAUUUUUAUGGACAGUUAGGUUAGCUAUACCUAUUUCCCAUACUUGAUGCUUAUCUUAAACUAAUGAAGAGUGAUAAUAUUGUUUACUUUUCUGUCUUUGACUUACUAAUGUGUUCCAUGCCUUUUGUAACAUCAGGGCGUUUUUUUUUUGGUCAUCACUAAUGUAGUACUGUGAGUUCGUAGCGAACCUUGCUUGACUCUAGUUGUGUCUAAUUCAUCAAUCAGGCUGUUUAGAUGUCAAAAGUCUUUUUUGGUUGACCUAUUUUUAGUUUUCGAAAAUGCUUUGAACUCAGUGUCGUUUGUGACCUAUGGAUAAGCCAUGCCAUCUGAUCAUAAGAACAAUGUUAAAUCACAAGUUGCAUUAAUCAUAUAAUUUAUUUUUUCCAUGAGCUCUAUUUGUCGCUCUCUUAAAUGUGGUCGUUGUAAACCCAAAUUUCCGGCACUUAUCACUUAGCUUUGUGUUUGUGGUGUGCGUGGUGUUUCUCUUGAAUAUAGUUCUACUGGGUCCAUGUGUAGGGCUAAUGAAACAAACUCUUAUAAAUGUUUCCUGGGUGAGAUUUGGACAUAAACAGAGCGUGGGGGAAAUCAGAUGUUGUUUUAUAUGGGUCCGUAAGAACUUGGAACAUAACCUUUCAUCACUAGAUGAUGCAGUGAAUCUUUAUCAUCUCUGAUUUUAUGCUUCUCUGACAUUGCAUCAACUCUCUACUCCCUUCUUUUGUUGGCUGAACAAUGAUCAUCAGCAACUGUCCUUAUUUGUCAUUGCCAGCGAUGAUUAUUGUGUAUCAUAUGGCUCAAGUCAUAUGAUCAAAAACCCUCUAUAUGUUAGUAUUGUCUACCAUAUAAAACGUAAAAAUGACAUCUGACUUGAUUUGGUGUAUAUGUAUGACGGUCAAGCUAAUUGAGAUUUGCCCUUGAACUUGAUGUUACACUUUGGUAAAAAUUGAUCCCAUACGAUAUGACGAUAAUAAUUUGACUCGUAGGUAAAAAUUAGAAUUAGUUGAUUUACGGUUUAACUGAAUGAUUUAUAUUAUUUAUAUCUGGUAGUUUGCUAGUAAAAAAUUCCAUUUGUAGGGAGUUUAUUAUUUUCAUUUUUAGCCUUUUCAUUUUGCAACAUUUAUUACUUUUAGAUGUGUCACCAAGUUUAUAAUACUAUUUUUUUUUUCUGUCCCUAUUCUGCCUAUACACAGCUUUCUUCACUCCCACCAUUUAUUUCUCCAAUUAAACAGCAAAAAAAAAAAAUUGUAUUACAAAAAAAGUGAAAAAAUAUAUGACCAAGACAUUGGAGAGACUUUUGGGAAUGGUCAUGAGUCAAGAUGAAAUGAGAUGUCCUUUGGAUUUUGGCUGAAAUUUGUUGAGUCAAUUUAUUUUAACAGUGUAUCUUGAAUGAUUGAUUCUAGCUGGGAAUUGGGGAUGGUUGAGAAUCUUCUAAAUUAAAACAUAAGGUUCGAGGUUUGUCACUAUGGCAAUUGCCAACUAAUAACUUGUAUGUGCUUUUCUUAAUGUUUCAUAACUUGUCUCUUAUUGUACAAGAAAUAAUAAUACAAAAUACAAAAAUACAAAUAUUCUAUCUGUUUUAAAAAAUUAGUUUUAUUUUCCUUUUUAGUCCAUUCAAAUAUUUAUUAUUUUAGUACGUUAUAUUGAAUUUGUUUUAUUUCUAUGUUUAGUCAAGACCAACACUGUGUUUAAAUUCCCAUUUAUACAUUUAACUUACUUUUCAUCUCAACUAUAUAUUUUUUCUACUUUUUUCAUAAAAUAUACUUUGUUACUACUUUUACUCAUUUUUUUUUGUUUUCAUCAUAUUUUUACUUGAGGCUAUUUCUUAGAAUAAUAGGAGCAUGUAUUAGAAACCUAAAGAAAAAAUAGGUCAUCCUUUUUUUUUUUGAUUAGAGAGCUGGCUAGGAGAAAGAGAAGACUAGUUGAGAAUCGAAUUCAAAUCCUUUGCAUAAGAAAGUAGUACUUACUGCUACUUAAAUAAGGCCUGAUUCUUCUCAUUUUUUUUACAAAGGGACGAGUAUAGAGGUGUUCAUUCGGGUAAUCGGGUCGGUUUCGGACAAGUAUCAUUCGAUUCGGUUGUAUUUCAGAUCAGUUAUAUUUCGAAUGCGUGUUGCAACGGGUCAUACUCGGGUCAGGAUGCUUAGUCACGGUUCGGUUGAAGAUCGGUUAUUCGAGCUAUCGGGUUAGCUUCAGUUCGGUGUCGGUUGAAGUUCGUGUCGAGUUUCAAUCGGUCUCGGGUUGUCAUCGGUUAAUAAUUGGUUCGGUUUUAUCGGAUGCAGAUCGAGUUCGGGUAUUUUUCAAGUAGAAUUGGCUAUGAAUUGCAAAUUACUAAUUACUAUUGAUAGAGUCAGUAUCAGAUUAAGUUGUUAGUCAUUUUUUAAUUGAUGAUAAGGUUCCUUUACUUAAAGCAAAAUAGUGAAAAUGCAAAUCAAUUAGUGAUCAUUAUUACAUUGCUAAUUUUAAUUGUUU